AAUGGACUGACACUAAUGAAUCUGAACGCACAUGUAUGCGUGUGUGUGGGCUGCCGAGACGGGACGGCCCACCUGGACCCACUAUAUAAGAUCCAGACCAUUGAGAAGAGGCCACGAAACCAGCAGGAGAAGAGCGAGGAGAAGAUCCAAACACACUCAACUCUUCCAUCCAUUGAACGCGUGUGUUCAGAACAGAAAGAAGCUCUCAAAAUGAAAGGCGCCCAAUAUCUCGUUGGUCUUCUUCUGCUCCUCUUUGUACAAAACAGCAUCUGCAUCCCACUGCAAGACGACAACACAAGCACAGAGACAGUAGAAGGUCUUCUGGCGAGAGGUCAGGGAUUCACCACCGCGAAGAGACAUUCUGAGGGAACUUUCUCCAACGACUACAGCAAAUACUUGGAGACCAGGAGAGCGCAAGAUUUUGUUGAGUGGCUCAUGAACUCGAAGAGCAACGGUGGUUCGGCCAAACGUCAUGCUGAGGGAACCUACACCAGCGACAUCAGCUCCUUCCUGCGGGACCAGGCGGCCCAGAAGUUUGUGGCCUGGCUAAAAUCCGGACAGCCAAAGCAAGAUCUCGCAGACACCAGAGGUGCAAAUUUGCCACACAGGAGGCAUGUAGACGGCAGUUUCACCAGUGACGUCAACAAGGUCUUGGACAGCAUCGCUGCCAAGGAGUAUUUACAAUGGGUGAUGAACUCAAAGACGUCAGGGACAAGUGGCAAACGUGGCGGAAAUCAAUGAGGAACCAGAGGGCUUCCCUGCAAGAGCUUCAAUUUGGAUCCUGAAGGGGAUUCGAUCAUCAAAAUGAAUGAAAGCCAUAUCGCAAACAGGCAAAAUGGAAAAAUCUAAAGACAUUUUAUUUUAUUGUUAUUUUUUAAAACUUCUGAGCACUGUGGAUGUUAUUUAUUUUCCCUUAGUGUUAAAGAACAUCAUGUAAGUUAUAGUUUUGAACUAUUUUCUAUGUGUGCGAUAAAAACAAACUCAGGUGAAUGCACUAAACACUCAGGUAAAAAAAAAAAAGGUGAAAUUUUACGUGUGCAACCACUGUAUAAAAGUGCCAUAGAAAUGGUGUCUUGCUCUGCAAAACAAACCUUUUCAUAUUUCACCCGAGCCUGUUGUUGUACCCUUUUGUUGUGUUAUAGCGCCACCUAAAGGAUGUCUGUAACAAUAAAUGCUUUAGCAGAUUCAGUUUAUUUAUAUGUGCAAACCAUAAGAAAAACUGACAAGUUUU